AGGACGGCGACGGUGUUGAUUUAAAGGAAGAAGAAACACAAUAGAGACGAUUUAUAUCAACAGAUUUCCAGCGAAUUCUAAGAGAAAACAUUCAUCUACCGGACACAGAUUAUCGCUUGAGAACCAACGCAGACAUCGAGGUGGUACGGACGAAGUUGUGGGCCCGGAUGUUCUUGAAGGCAGUGGGUUGGUCAUCAGCCACGUUUCCACACUUCGCAGCCCGAGAAGGUCAAACACCUGGAGGACGACGACGACGCACACUGAAGACUCGACAAGGGUGGAAAGCUCCCGAGCUUUGGACUAGUUAACCCUUCGUAGAAUCUUUACCUUUCCACACAUGGAACGACGCGCCUCCGCGCAGUGGAAAUAAGCAGAACUACAGACUACAUGACUUUGGGGACGGACUUGUACAAAGUUGGACAUCCUUUUUUUUUUCAUGAACAGGGAUACUGAGCAGCUUUUAUGGACUCAAAGUGGAGCGCAAAAGUAAAUACUGUGUUGAACUGAAAUUAUAUUGAAGAAGCUAUUCCCCAAGUGCAGAUUGCCUUAGUUGUUCUGUUUCAGGACUUGAGCCGCUUUGAUACUUGUUCACAUAUAAUUUUCUAUAUUGUGGACGAGUAUAUUCAUGCAUAUGAAUGCAAAUUUCUCUUCAUUUUGAAGAGUUGUUGUGUAAAAACUAAUUUUUUGUCGCUUUUGUACGUCAGUCACUCUGUUGUUGAAGGGGACCGAACUGCACGUACGUGUUUAUAUGUAAAUACUACCGAUCCGCUUCUGUUGUGAAAGCUUUGGACUUCAAAAAAACAACACAAAAAAAACUAGACGAUAUCGUUUAAUGCUUUAUUGAACUUUUUUUUUUAUUUUUUGAAGAAAAACAUUUUUAAAAAUCUAAACCUAAGAGGCAAAAAUCUUAGACUCUGAAGGACAAAAGGAGCGAACAGAAGUCAGGAAUAAUGGCGACCGCCAGAACGGAAAGCGCCGGCCCCGUCGUCAUGGCGCUGGGUAAACAGAACGGGCAGCUCCGAGGACAGAGUAAACCCGCCUCGGUCCUGGGGGCGCCCACCUCUCAAGGGAAGGGUCUGGGCGCCCCCCAGAAAGUGGGCGGCGCCCCUCAGGACGGGGGAGGAAUCAAGUUCGGAGACGACUGGAAAAAGAGCCUACAGCUCCCCCCCAAAGACACUAGGGUCCGAACCUCGGAUGUCACGGCCACCAAGGGGAACGAGUUUGAAGAUUACUGUCUGAAAAGGGAACUCCUGAUGGGCAUCUUUGAGAUGGGCUGGGAGAAACCUUCACCGAUCCAGGAGGAGAGCAUCCCCAUCGCGCUGUCUGGGCGGGACAUCCUGGCUCGGGCCAAGAACGGGACGGGGAAAAGUGGCGCCUAUCUCAUCCCGCUGCUGGAGAGGAUAGACCUGAAGAAGGACCACAUACAGGCCAUGGUCAUGGUGCCCACGCGGGAGCUGGCGCUGCAGGUGAGCCAGAUCUGCAUCCAGAUCAGCAAACACCUGGGAGGGGUGAAGGUCAUGGCCACCACUGGCGGCACCAACCUGCGGGAUGACAUCAUGCGCCUGGAUGAGAUCGUGCACGUGGUCAUCGCCACCCCCGGCAGGAUCCUGGACCUGAUCAAGAAGGGCGUCGCCAAGGUGGACCGAGUCAUGAUGAUGGUGAUGGACGAGGCGGAUAAACUGCUCUCUCAGGACUUCGUGGUGCUCAUCGAGGACAUCAUCAGCUUCCUGGCCAAGAACCGGCAGAUCCUGCUCUACUCUGCAACCUUCCCCAUCAGCGUUCAGAAGUUCAUGGCCAAGCACCUUCAGAAACCCUACGAGAUCAACCUGAUGGAGGAGCUGACUCUGAAGGGCAUUACUCAGUACUACGCCUACGUCACCGAGCGGCAGAAAGUCCACUGCCUCAACACACUGUUCUCCAGGCUUCAGAUCAACCAAUCAAUCAUUUUCUGUAACUCCACCCAGAGGGUGGAGCUCUUGGCCAAAAAGAUCACCCAGCUGGGCUACUCCUGUUUCUACAUCCAUGCCAAGAUGAUGCAGGAAUACAGAAACCGCGUUUUUCACGACUUCAGAAAUGGUCUCUGCAGAAACCUCGUCUGCACCGAUCUCUUCACCAGAGGAAUCGACAUCCAGGCUGUGAAUGUGGUCAUCAACUUCGACUUCCCCAAGAACGCAGAGACGUACCUGCAUCGCAUCGGGAGAUCAGGGAGGUUCGGUCACCUGGGCCUGGCCAUAAACCUGAUCACGUCGGAGGACCGUUUCAACCUGAAGGCCAUCGAGGACCAGCUGGUGACCGACAUCAAGCCCAUCCCCAGCAGCAUCGACAAGAGCCUCUACGUGGCCGAGUUCCACUCGGGCUCCGACGGCGACAUCGAGGAGAAGCCGGGUCGCCCGCAGGACAGCGCCUAAGGCAGACGUCAGCGCACGCACACAGGCUCCAGGCGACUCUUCAUCUUCACCCUCAUCCCUCGUUCUCGGAGCCACAUGGAUUCCUUCUUAGUUUCCCCUCAUCGUUCUGUAAACAGAAAACCCCAAACCGCUGCGUUGCUCCGACUCCAGCUGAGCCGCGUCCUCGUCGCUAGCAGCAGCCGCUCCAGUCCGACCUCCGACCCCCCCCAGCAUCCAGCCCCGGUUCUGUCCCACCCCACACUGCUGUUGUCACUUAAGUGCCUUACUUCCUCCACCCGCCGCCCGCCGGUACGAGCACAAACUCCCACCUCCACCCCGGUCUCCACCAACCCGCGUUAUGCAAGCGAGGACGACGCCACGCCGCUUCUGAAACCCCCCCGAGUCUCGGUGAACGUUGCAAUAAAAACGGCAGCUUUAUUUGAACCCUGCGCGACUGUUUCUGCUCCCCGAGUGACCCGGUCGGCCCAAACACCAACCCGAGUGACCCGGUCGGCCCAAACACCAAACCCCAGCACAGAUCGAACCCGCGACCACAAAGGAAAGUUUCUGUUUUGCUUUUCUUUUUCUUUUUUUUUUUUUUUUUUUAAUUUUUAAAUAAUCAAGAUCCAUGUUUCGGCUGGUGGGAACCGUUACACCCGGCGGCGGCUGCUGCUGGCGCACAGAGACCUGGUUCCCUGGUUCCCGGGUCUGUACGGGACGGCUAGCGGGUUCAGAGGCGGGCGGGACGGGUGAGAACAGUCCGGCAGUCGACCGAUUUAAUUACCAAUAUUUUCAAAGUCGGUGCGAAGCAGCGGUUUGGGUUUUCUGUCGGUUUCUUCUUUGGGCACAAAUCCACACGAGCAUCUACAGAUAUCUUCUUUGUUUUUGUUUUUUAAAUUGCUUUAUGUUGGAAAAGUUUCUUGGAAGCCCGGUUCUGGUCCUGGGUUGGGUCCGGAUUCACACGUAAACCCAGUCUAUCGACGUCGAGGACGGAUUUGUCGGAUUAAACAGUCAAGUUAACAGAAAAGCGAAGCGUAAAAAACACUUUAGUGAGAAAACGGUGCGUAAAACUCGGUCCCGGUCCGAUCCUGAACGGGGCUCUUCUGCUGUUAGCGCCACAGUAUGCUCAAACCCGGUUUAAACAAAACAAAAAACACAUACAAACUAAAAGCACAGGCCAGUAUUAUAACCGUAGCAGUACCACCUCUGUCCACACGGCGGCGCGAAGAUCCUCCGUGAUGCUGCGAGCCGCUAAAAAACCUUUUCUUUGACACAGUUGUUUUACGGUGAUACAAGUGGACCGUUAGGUGAUUACAAAUACUAAAUAUGAGUUUUGGUGUCGGCCGCGAUACUUAAAACUCUGUCAGACUUCCAAAUACAAAAUAAAAGCACGCUGACUGAGGCUCAACAUUAUCUAAUCUAAAAUUAUUUUGUUAACCACAAAGAUUUUCUUGUUUUUGGUGGCACAACGGAGACGAAUAUAAGUACUAAAUGUGAGUAUGUGUCGGGUUGAUGAGUUCUAAUGUUCAGUCUCUGGUCUGCAUGCUUUUAUUUUGUAUUCCGGGGUCGACGGUGAGGCCUGUAAAAGUAUUGGAGCAAAAAAAGGGACAUUUUCACACCUGACACUGAUUAUUAAAGUCUACUUUUAUAACAGGGUGAAACCUUUUUUCUUUUUUUUUUGAUUAGUAAACAAAAAUGAUUCUCUUAAAGCCGGUGAGUAGCAGUACCACCUCUGACCACACGGCGGUGCGGAAAAUCUCCCGUGAUGUUGCGAGCUGCUAACGACGAAAAAACCUUUUUUUUGACAGUUGUUUUACGGUGCUACAACGUGGACCGUCAGGUGAUUACAAAUACUAAAUAUGAGCGUCGUUUUGGUGUCGGCUGCGAUACUUAAAACUCCGUAAGACUUCCAAAUACAAAAUAAACACGUGGACUGAGGCUCAACAUUAUCUAAAAAAAAAUGUUUUUAAUCACAAAGAUUUUCUUGUUUUUGGUGGCACAACGGAGACGAAUAUAAGUACUAAAUGUGAGCGUGUGUCGGGUUGAUGAGUUCUAAUGGUCAGUCUCUUGUCUGCGUGCUUUUAUUUUGUAUUCCGGAGUCUGACGGUGGGGC